CUGUGGCCAGUGAAUAAGCCCAUGCCGAAAUUAGAUGCCAUUAAGCAGACAUCGGGCGAAGCCCAAUAUUGCAAUGAUCUGCCUCCUUAUCCUAGAGAAGUAUUUUGCGCUUUCGUCCUCACGAAAGUCGGUAACGGCAUGAUCGACAGUAUAGAUGCGAGCAAGGCACUUGCUGUGAAGGGUGUAGUGGCGUUUUUCAGCGCCAAGGACAUACCCGGCAAGAAUUUGUGCAUCUCAGCCGACAGCAAGUUGUUUUUGUUGCCAAACGACGAGUUGCUGUUCGUCGAAAGGGAUGUUCAGCAUGCCGGCCAGCCAGUUGGAGUAAUCGUCGCCGAAACGCAUAAUUUGGCAAACGAGGCCGCGAAAUUGGUGAAAAUUAAAUAUAGCGGAUCUCUGCAAACGAAGCCGGUGAUAAGCAUCGAGGAUGCACUUGCCACGCAGGACAAUACUAGAAUCAGACAGGGCGCGAACGUUCCGGCGAAAGCAAAAGGAAAUAAUACUAAAUAUGUAAUAAAGGACGUCUUACAAUUCGGUGGCCAAUACCACUAUACCAUGGAAACUCAAUCCUGCGUGAGCGUUCCUGUGGAGGAUGGAAUGAACGUCUACCCAUCGACGCAAUGGAUGGAUUUGAUUCAAGUAUCAAUCGCAACUUGUCUCAAUGUUAAGAAUAAUAGCAUCAAUGUGUUUGUCAGACGACUUGGCGGUGGAUACGGAGGGAAAUUGGUACGCAACGUGCAAGUCUCAUGUGCUUGCGCGCUGGUAUGUCACAAACUGAAUCGUCCAGCGCGAUUCGUUAUGACGAUAGAGGACAAUAUGCAAUCUGUGGGCAAGAGAUGUUCUACACGGCAAGAAUAUGAGAUCGGAGUGGAUAAUGAGGGAGUUAUCCAGUAUCUCAACUUGAAACAUUGGGGCAACUGCGGUUCCAGUUUCAACGAGGUGCAACAAGCUGACAGAGUGGUUUCGUUCAUGCAAAACGCUUGUUAUACAACCGAUAAUUGGACGUUCAAUGGAUUCGACGUACGAACUGAUAUAGCGUCAAACACAUACGCUCGUGCGCCAGGAACUGUAGAAGCAUUAGGUAUGAUAGAGAAUAUAAUGGAGCACAUUGCGAAAGUGACAAAAAAGGAUCCGGUACAGGUCAGAUUGUUAAAUAUGAAAGAAGAAGAUAAAAUCGCAUUAGAAACCAUGAUAAAAGAUUUGUCGAAAUCAGCCGAUUACGAGAUGCGAAAGCAAGCCGUUCAAACGUUCAAUGAACAGAAUCGUUGGAAGAAAAAGGGCAUCGCCCUGGUGACAAUGAGGUUUCCAAUGAUAUUUGUAGGACAAUUUAACGUGGUAGUGUCGGUCUGCGCUCGCGACGGUUCGGUUUGUGUGA